UCGUUACUUAGCCUAUGCUCUCCACCUUUAUGAGACCAAUUGCUCGAGAAAUAAACAAACUAGACAGCAGAUACUCUCGGAAUCCGGAUGAAACCCUAACAAACCGACAUCGUAUCAACAUCUGCCAACAUGUCUUUCACUGCGUCUGGCAUCAACUACACCACAUACCUAGCGGCCUCAAAGGGUCUUCACAUCGUCUUCAUCAUUCUAAUUUUACUCUCCAACGUAAUCCUCCUCUUUAAAGUCUCGAGACAAAACAGAUUCCUCUACUCAACCAAGUGUAUCAUACUCAUCUCCCUAGCAUUCGGCGAUUCCUUUUGUGCGCUGUUUUCUUUGGUUGUGCGAACAAAAGCCAUGUUCCAAGAAUAUCCGAUAGGACCGUCUUGCAGUUUAUCUUUAUCAGCUUCAGUAUACGAGUACCACCUUCUCAAUUUUGUCUACGGCGCUGGGCUAAUAACUCUAUGUGCCGAGUACGUUCAUCGACGGAAAACAACUACUCCAGGAACGGCAACUCAGAAAGAUUUUCUACGUGCUGUUUUAAUCAGUAGCGUCCCUUGGUUUUUAGGGUUAAUCAUUGUGUUACCGCUAACAAUGGCUGGUGUGGAUCUAGGCCUGUGUCAAUUGAACUACACGCUAGACAGGUUAAGGGCGCAGACUAUCGUCUCUACAAUUUUACCUGCAGUUAUCGCUGUGUGUAUAUCUUCAGUUUUGGCCUACGGAAAUUGUCAACCCGGACACACACAGACAACUGAGCUGAACACAGCACAGAGACCGGCGUCCGGCUACAUUGAGACAGCACCUCCAACAUAUGACCAUCAGGCGCCGCCUUACGCUCAAUCAACCCAUGCGCAUUAUCCUGUACAGAAUCAACACCCACCAGUGUACCAUCAACCGAGCUAUCAACAACAACCGCAGCAGAUAAGCUACCAGCCUCAACAGAUGUCUAACUACUCAUACGAACCCAGCAAUGUAUUCAUCCCUCAAAAAUUUAACGGCUCCUUUGCCAACAACGGCUCCCCAUACUACACCGGCUCCCCACAAUUCGCCGGAUCCCCUCACAACACCGGCUUACCCGCCACCACACACACAGCCGCCACCACCUCCUUCAACGAGAGAUACAAGAUUCUCACCCUGGCAUUGACCUUCUUCUUCCUCGUCAUGCCGCAAGCGGUGUUCUACUUGGCCUACACCAUCAGCCAUUUUGCUGUCGUACCUGACGUCACCCACACGGCUUUAACAGACGGCUUCAUGUACCUGAUGCUGCUCAGGCCUGUAAUCACGCCCAUCAUUACGUCACAAUCAUCCUACUUACAAUAUUGUUAAAAAGGCGCCAUCAGUAGGAAAUCAUUACAUCACAAUCAUCCUACCUACUACAUUGUUAAAAUGACGUCAUCACCUCACCGAGCAAUCAUUACCUCACAUUCAACCUGCAUACAACGUAAUUAAAUUCACGUCAUUAGUAGGAAAUCAUUACGUUACAAUCAACCUACCUGCAACAUAAAACUACGGUCAAAACCACAGAAAAGGACCUUAGAAAACGAUGAAUAGGGUAGCUGUGAGUACAUAACACGCUUGUCUAAAAUGAACUGACCAAAACAAUGUUUGUUAUAGAAGUAAUGCUGCAGCCCUUUGAUCCUCCGGCGGCUAAACAGGAUUUAUUCAAGCCACGUCUGGCUUAAUCAGACAAACAUUGUGUCAAAAUUAGACUCUUGACAUCAAACUUGACAACGUGCAGCUAAAGUUUUACAACAUGUUAACCAUUUCGCAAAUGUUCGACCCGGAUACAAAGACGUCACAUUCCCAUCUACUAUAUGAUAUUUUUCUUUUCUCGUACGCAUAAUUUACGUACACCAGUAACAUGAUGUCACAUCCAGAUGACUUAUAACAGACCUCACAUACAAACCUCACAAACAGACCGUACAUACAAACCUCACAAACAGACCUACAUACAAACCUUACAUAAAACCUCACAUACAUACAUCAUAAACAAUAAAUACAUGUUACAAUGAAUUAAUGUACAACAGUAUUAUUUUCUUUAGAAUAUUAAUGUGCAUAAAUGUAUUGCAUUUUUCUUUAUUAAACGUCAGUAUC